GGCGAGAAUUUAGAUCAAAGAGAGUGUGUUGUAUUAUCAGCUCGCUUGCUAGAUGGUGUAUGUGAUAUGUAUUAAAAAAAAAUAUAUAUAAUUUGCAACUUUUGAUUUUUUUCAAGAAAAAAGUAAAUAUUUAUUGUUUUAAUGUGAGUUGUAGUGGUUGUACAACGGUCGUUAUUGCUUAUAAACCGUCAUGCCGGUAACGCCCUAGAUCUUAUAAUAAUUAGUCAUUUCGUGAAGUGUGCAAUGAUUACUACGCUUUAACAUAAAAAAUAUAAAGUCUGUUUAAAUAAUAAAAUCGUGUCAAAAAAUGGAUAGCAAAGGCAGAAAGAUUAUUGUUUGCGAUAAUGGAACAGGGUUUGUAAAAUGUGGAUAUGCAGGAGCAAAUUUCCCAGCACACAUAUUUCCAUCUAUAGUUGGACGUCCUAUUAUCAGAGCUGUCAAUAAAAUAGGGGACAUUGACAUAAAGCAAGAGUAUUGUAUUCGUGAUUUAAUGGUUGGGGAUGAAGCAAGUAAACUUCGUUCUAUGCUAGAGAUUAGUUAUCCAAUGCAAAAUGGAAUUGUUAGAAAUUGGGAAGACAUGUGUCAUGUUUGGGAUUACACGUUUGGCAAGGAGAAAAUGAAUAUCAAUCCUAGAGAGUGUAAAAUUUUAUUAACCGAACCACCAAUGAAUCCUAUCACAAAUCGUGAAAAAAUGAUUGAGGUAAUGUUUGAAAAAUAUGGUUUUGCUGGAACAUACAUUGCAAUUCAAGCAGUACUUACAUUAUAUGCUCAAGGGCUGAUUAGCGGUGUUGUAGUAGAUUCUGGUGAUGGAGUUACUCAUAUUUGUCCAGUAUUUGAAGAGUAUGCUUUAUCACAUCUUACUCGGCGGCUAGAUAUAGCUGGUCGAGAUAUUACAAUGUAUUUAAUAAAACUUCUUUUACUACGUGGUUAUGCAUUUAACCAUUCUGCUGAUUUUGAAACAGUUAGAAUGUUAAAAGAAAAAUUAUGCUAUAUUGGUUAUAAUAUUGAAACUGAAGAAAAAUUAGCUCUUGAAACCACUGUCUUAGUUGAAUCAUAUACUCUUCCUGAUGGAAGGGUAAUAAAAGUAGGUGGUGAGAGAUUUGCUGCACCAGAAGCUUUAUUCCAACCUCAUUUAAUAAAUGUUGAAGCUCAAGGAAUUGCUGAAUUAGUAUUUAGUACCAUUCAAGCAGCUGAUAUUGAUAUAAGAAGUGAAUUAUAUAAACAUAUUGUUUUAAGUGGUGGCAGCACAAUGUAUCCUGGACUUCCAUCUAGACUUGAAAGAGAAAUUAAGCAACUUUACUUUCAGAGAGUAUUAAAGAAUGAUACUUCAAAGUUAAAUAAAUUUAAAAUAAAAAUUGAAGAUUCCCCAAGACGUAAAGAUAUGGUUUUCAUGGGAGGUGCUGUAUUAGCAGAAAUUACAAAGGAUCGUGAAUCAGUGUGGAUAACAAGAGAAGAAUAUGAAGAAAAAGGUCUUAGUGUAUUAAAAAAAUUAGGUUCGUAUGAAUCAUAA